GAGGAGCAGGGGACAGAAGCCAUGGCUGAGGGAGAAGACCAGCUGAGAUGUUGGUGACCAUGCGUCCAAGUGGAUUCUAUCUCCAGAGGCCUGCCCUCCCUGCCUGCCAAUGAAGAGGAGAGGCAGCGUGAACAAAGUCAUUUAGAAAAGCCCCCAGGAAGUAUAAACAAACGGGAAAGCAUGAAUGGAGCGCCCGAGAGUCCAGUGUGUCCUGCGCUGCCCCCACCUUUAGCUGGGCCAGCCGCUACCCAGCCCUGCCUCUCCCCAUAUACUCACUGGUGAUCUUUUUUUUUUUUUCAAGCAAUUUUCUUUUUUUUUUUUUAUGCUUUUCUUUUUCAUUCCCCUUUCUUAUCCUCCUUCAGGGCAAGGCAAAGCUUUUAAUUUUGGGACCCAACCAUGGUCCUGCCCCUUCUUUAAAAUACCCACUUUCUCCCCAUCGCCAAGUGGCGUUUGGCAAUAUCAGAUAUCCGCUCUAUUUAUUUUUACCUAAGGAAAAACUCCAGCUCUCUUCCCACUCCCAGCUGCCUUGCCACCCCUCCCAGCCCUCUGCUUGCCCUCCACCUGGCCUGCUGGGGAGUCAGAGCCCAGCAAAACCUGCUCAGACACAUGGACAAGAAUCCGAGCGCUACACAGCGCCCAGUCCGCUCCUUCGGCCCGGGGUUGCCAGCGCUUCCUGGAGGUCCCGCAGCUCCCGCGGUGCAGUGAGUUCAUGCACCCUCUUGCCAAGCCUCAGUCUUUGGGAUCUGGGGAAGCCGCCUGGUUUUCCUCCCUCUUUCUGCACGUCUGCUGGGGUCUCUCCUCCUUGCCAGGCCUCGCCAUCCCCCUCCCCAACUGGCCUCUCCCCCCAGCUCACACAUGAAGAUGCACUUACAAAGGGCUCUGGUGGUCCUGGCCCUACUGAAUUUUGCCACGGUCAGCCUUUCUCUGUCCACUUGCACCACCUUGGACUUUGGCCACAUCAAGAAGAAGAGAGUAGAAGCCAUUAGGGGACAGAUCUUGAGCAAGCUCAGGCUUACCAGCCCCCCUGAGCCAUCCGUGAUGACCCACGUCCCCUAUCAGGUCCUGGCACUUUACAACAGUACCCGGGAGUUGCUGGAAGAGAUGCAGGGGGAGAGGGAGGAAGGCUGCUCUCAGGAAAACACUGAGUCGGAAUACUAUGCAAAAGAGAUCCAUAAAUUCGACAUGAUCCCCGGGCUGGCGGAACACAACGAGCUGGCUGUCUGCCCCAAAGGAAUUACCUCCAAGGUUUUCCGCUUCAAUGUGUCCUCAGUGGAGAAGAAUGGAAGCAAUCUUUUCCGGGCAGAGUUCCGGGUCUUGCGGGUGCCCAACCCCAGCUCCAAGCGCACAGAACAGAGGAUUGAGCUCUUCCAGAUCCUUCGCCCCGAUGAGCACAUCGCAAAGCAGCGCUAUAUUGGUGGCAAGAAUCUCCCCACACGGGGCACUGCCGAGUGGCUGUCUUUUGAUGUCACUGACACCGUGCGGGAGUGGCUGUUGCGAAGAGAGUCCAACCUGGGCCUGGAAAUCAGCAUUCAUUGUCCAUGUCACACCUUUCAGCCCAAUGGAGACAUCCUCGAAAACGUUCACGAGGUGAUGGAAAUCAAGUUCAAAGGGGUGGACAAUGACGAUGACCAUGGCCGUGGAGACCUGGGGCGCCUCAAGAAGCAGAAAGACCACCAUAACCCUCACCUGAUCCUCAUGAUGAUUCCCCCACACCGACUCGACAACCCAGGCCAGGGUGGUCAGAGGAAGAAGCGGGCCCUGGACACCAACUACUGCUUCCGCAACUUGGAGGAGAACUGCUGUGUGCGCCCACUUUAUAUUGACUUCCGGCAGGAUUUGGGCUGGAAAUGGGUCCAUGAACCUAAGGGCUACUAUGCCAACUUCUGCUCGGGCCCUUGUCCAUACCUCCGCAGCGCGGACACAACCCACACUACGGUGCUGGGACUGUACAACACUCUGAACCCCGAGGCAUCGGCCUCGCCGUGCUGCGUGCCCCAGGACCUGGAGCCCCUGACCAUCCUGUACUACAUCGGGAGGACCCCCAAGGUGGAACAGCUGUCCAACAUGGUGGUGAAGUCCUGCAAGUGCAGCUGAGGCCCGCCUGGGACAGAGGAGGAGAGCUGCCACCACUGCCCACCACUCCUGGGAAAGCAAAGCGACAGACCUCACCUACAGGCCUGGUGCCUAUAACCCUCGGCCCCCGGGGAAUGGCUGAGAGGGAGACUUCCUUCUAGAACAUUUCUUUCUUGCUGGCUCUGAGAAUCACUGUGGUAAAGCAAGUGUGGGUUGGUUAGGGAAGGCGAACUCUUCAGAACACAGGAUUUCUGUGGUGCAGAGGUGGUGGGGUCGAGAAAGUUGGGGGGGAUUGGUGAGCGGACAUGGCGUGUGGCAGUGGGACUUGGGCUACCCUAGGGAGGAGGAAGUGGAAAGCAUGGCCAGGUGAGGGCCAGACUGGAAGCCGCUUCAGACCUGAGGUCAACUUUGCUCUGUGCAGUACACCUGCUCUCGGGAAUCGAGAUGUCCUUACAAGAGGCCAGCAUUUUUCUUCAGACAGGUUGCCAAGAUCAAGUCUCAGAAUUGUAUUUUGCCCCAUCUGGGAUUAAGGACAAAGCUGUUCCUUUUGUGAACUGUCCUCUCUGCAUCCAGCAGCAUGGUGGGUCAUUACAGAUAAUGUUAUUAGUUCCUGGGCCAGCAACUAUAUUGGGGCCCUUGGAGAUGCUGAACUCCCAAGGGUGGGAAUUAGUCCUCUCUGUCUACCCUCUGGGCCCCUCCUCCCGCCUUCUUCUUUGGUCAUAUUUCCCCUGGGAGAUUUGGCUAGACACCUUCCAGGUCAGGGGGUCUGUCUCUGGAUUCUGGGUCCAUGCGGCCUGGGGCACCAGGGAUUAUGCUCCUUUGGUGUUCCUGGAAGCAGGUGCCACAUGGGGGGCAUCUGGGGAGAAUGCGUGUGUGCCACGUGACGACUUGGCCCCAGGUACACCGAUGGGAGGUAUAAAGACAAGUACAAUAUUACUCUCAAAAUCUUUGUAUAAAUAAAUAUUUUUUGGGGGAAUCAUGGAUGAUUUCAUCUUCUGGAAGAUUGUUUCUCAAACAGUAAAAGCCUUAUUCUAAGGUG